AUGGGUCUGUUGAGUUUUCAUUCGAGAAAAGAAGGAUGUUACAGAGAGCUGCAACCAAUGCUUAUUCAUGGUGGUGGGCCAGCCAUAUUAGGACCAAGCAGUCCAAAUGGCUGGAACAGAACCUCCAAGAUAUGGAGGAGAAGGUAAAUUACACACUCAAAAUCAUCGAUGAGGAUGGAGAUACUUUUGCAAAGAGGGCAGAAAUGUACUAUAAAAAAAGGCCAGAAAUCGUCAACUUUGUUGAGGAGGCUUUUCGGUCAUACCGUGCUUUAGCCGAAAGAUAUGAUCACUUGUCAAGGGAGUUACAAAGUGCUAACCGCACCAUUGCGACUGCUUUCCCAGAACAAGUGCCAGUUUCAUUGGAUGAAGAUGACCAUGAAGGAAAUCCAGACGGGCCAUCCAGAAAUCUGCCUAAUCUCCCCAUAGGUAGAGUUCCGAAGGCCCCUGACAUUCCAAAGAAAGAUCUCAGAUGCCAUUCUAUGUUAUUGACAAGGAAAAAAGUCGCUCUAAAGAGGACUUCUACUUCUACCAUCAAAACUCCUCCUCCAAUAAGUUCAGGCCUCAGCAAGGAUGAGGCACUAAAAGAAAUUGACAAACUGCAGAAGGGAAUCUUAAGGUUGCAAACUGAGAAGGAGUUUGUCAGAAGCACAUAUGAAAAUGCUUAUGAAAAGUACUGGGAAAUCGAAGACGAGAUCACUGAAUUACAGAAGAAAGUUUGCAGCUUACAAGAUGAAUUCGGCAUUGGCACUGUUAUUGAAGACAACGAAGCUCGAUCUCUCAUGGCAGAUACAGCUAUUAAGUCUUGCCAAGAGACCUUGUGUAAAUUGGAAGAGAAACAGAAGCAAUCAGUGGAAGAGGCAAGAGUUGAGUGCACAAGGAUUCAGAAAGCUCAUCAGAAAUUUGCAAACCUCAAAAAGGAAUUUCUCCCAGAGGAAAAUGUCCAUGAUGAGGAAGCUGAAGAAGAAACUGAGUCUGCAAGUGAAAAUCCACAAUUUUCAGAAGCAAUGGAAGAAGAAAAACUAGACCUGAAACUCUUAAGAGACAGAAUCAAAGAAGAGCUUGAGGCUGAUUCAAGCUCUAAUCUAACAGUUACCCAAUUAGCAGAGAAAAUUGAUGAACUUGUAAACAAGGUUGUCACAUUGGAAACUACAGUCUCUUCCCAGACUGCAUUGGUAAAGAGAUUAAGAUCAGAAACCGAUGAGCUGCAUUCACACAUUCACAUCCUGGAAGAGGACAGAGAUUCUCUUGCUUCAGGGUCAGAUAAUAUGAACAGCAAGAUAAAACAGCUAGAGGAGGAAUUGAAUAGAGUUAAGAACCUCAACCAAAGUAUCGAAGCCCGGAACACUAAUCUCCAAACACAUUUCACCGAAGCAAAUUGCAAUAUUGAUCAUUUGUCUGACAAAUUAAAGAGUGUGCAGAUCGAAGAUGUGAGAACUGAUUCUAGUGCCAAAUUAGAGAAGGAGGUUGAACAACAUGAGCCAGAUAAUAAGCAGUUAACAUCAAAGCACAUGAAAAUAUCAGAGGAAAAGAAAGAUAAUCAUACUUAUCCAUUGAUAUCAAAUGAAACAGAGAAAGAAAAUCAUAAUGAUCCAUUGAUAUCAAAUGAAACAGGGGAUGAGAAUUAUAAUAGUCUUGUACCCAGAGAAAGCGAAAAACAUGAUAUUAUCGUCCUGGAGAAACCUCCGGAGUCUGUGCCAGAGGAAAAAGCUGAGAAGAAAUACUUAUCUGAAACUGCAAGCAGUAUUUUUGAUGUCGAAGCAGAGGAAUCAGGAACGGAAGAUGAAGAAGAUCAUUCUGACUGGCGGCAGGUGUUCUCAACUGGGUUUGAAGACAGAGAGAAGAUUCUGCUAGAGGAGUACACUUCAGUUGUUAGAAAUUACAGGGAGGUAAAGAGAAAGCUCAACAUGGUGGAGAAGAAAAACCGGGACGGAUUCUUUGAAUUGGCGUUGCAGAUAAGGGAGUUGAAGAAUGCUGUUUCUUUCAGAGAUGUAGAGAUCCAGACUUUAAGGCAGAAACUGAACUCGUCGGAGAAAGAUUCCGGCGAAAAUCCAGACGGACAUCAAUCGGAAUGUAGAUACUCUCAUCCGGAAGAACACCAAGAAAACAUAAGCCAAAUAACAAGCUGUCCAGAAUCUAAUGUUUCAUCUCCAACUCCACUUAAUCGCUCAUCUACACGGCAAGUUAAUAUUUCAUCUCCAAAUCCGCUUAGUCUUUCAUCUCCAACUCCGGCUCAUGUUUCAUCUCCAAGUCCUCUGAGUCUUUUAUCUCCAAGUCCAGUUAUCAGUCUUUUACCUCCUAGUCCAGUUAAUAUUUCAACUCCAAGUUCAAAUCAACAGCAAGAUGAACCUGGAGAAACAAUCAGCGAAUCACCUCAACAGGGAGACUUGAAAAACCCUAAAUCCGUUGAAAAUGAAGUAAAGAAGAAAGUGGCAAACAAUCCCAAUGUUGUCCAAACUGUGGAAGAAAGAAUCCGAUCGGAUAUCGAUGAAUUGUUGGAGGAAAACCUAGAGUUCUGGUUGAGAUUCAGCACUGCAUUUCAUCAGAUUCAAAAAUUCCAGACGGCCGUCCAGGACUUAAGAUCUGAACUCCUGAAACUGAAGCAGAGCAGGAGGGAAGAAGAAGAAGGAAGCGUGAAACAAGGAUCUUUCGGUUCCGAUGCCCGGCCGAUAUACAAACAUUUGAAACAGAUACAGACAGAAUUGACUCUCUGGUUGGAGAACAAUGCAAUACUGAAAGAUGAACUGAAGGGAAGAUACUCGUCUCUAUGCAACAUUCAAGAUGAGGUUUCGAGAGUUACCGGAGCAAGUCAAGGAGUCAGAACAGUUCUCUCCGAAUUCCAAGCCGCGAAGUUCCACGGGGAAAUUCUUAACAUGAAACAGGAGAACAACAAGAUCUCCAACGAGUUGCAGGCAGGUGUGGACCGCGUGAAAAUCCUCAAGGUAGACAUAGAGAAGACAGUGUCACAACUGGAAGAAGAGCUUGGAAUUUUCCAGUUCAAGGAUAACUCGUCGCAGACGAGAGGCUCGUCCGGCCGGCCGAGGAUUCCACUGCGGUCUUUCUUGUUCGGAGUGAAGUUGAAGAGGCAUAAGCAGCAGAAAGCGUCUCUGUUCUCAUGUAUGAGUCCACAGUUGCAGAAACAGUACAGUUAUGCUGCAUCAUCAGGCCGCCCUUGAUUGCCAAAGUAGUUUUAGCUUAUUCCCUAUCUUCUUUUCCAUUAAUCCUGUAUUUCACUUGUGUUUCCCUGGUUAGUGCUUGAGCAGAAAAUUCCAAUUCUGAUUUCUGGAUUUCUGGAUUUCAGAUUCUUGGUUUUAUUAUUAAU